AUGGAUGUGACACAUGCAAAACGAACAGCUGGGCGGUGUGGUCCUCUGGCUGUCCUCCUGGCUGUUCUGCCACUAGGAUAUUGGCUAUACCUGCAGCUGCACAUUCUGGGUUCCUCCAAUGCCAAGGCUGAGACGCUCCCAGAAGUCAGGGUUUCCGAGUUUGGAGCACAGACUCGUCCAGGAAGCGACUCCUCCGAGCUGCAGGCGGAGAAGUUCACAUUGCCGGCAGCGCUGCCACUUCACCACGAAAGCCUGCCUGCCAGCCAAGUUGUGUGGCGGCCACCCGACUACCAAUCUUUGCCAGUCGUUCCAGACGAGAUUUGGAGAGCUUCAAGAGAUAUCCCCACCGAAGCUGGUUAUCGGCUUCAGGCCAUGCUGCUUCGCCUCGCCAUAGGUCAGACGGCUCGGAUUAUGGUGUUUGGUGGCAGCAUGACCUUCGGUGAGGGAUGCUGUCCCAAACGAAAUCUGACGUGCCUCCACAAACGGACGAUGUGUGCUUGGCCAUCGGAUUUCCUGCACCGUCUACGCCAAGCUUUUCCAUCUUCGGAAGUGGAGAUGGAGCUGCAUGCACGUGGAGGUUGCGAUGCAGGCUGCUCUCUUCAAGAGAUGGCAAUGACGCUUACAGGCGAUACAAAGGCCGCUUCGGAUUGGAUCAUACUGGAUUUCGGCCAGAAUGGCUGGGGCACGAAAUCCACGAUUGAGGAUUUUAUACGUCUCAUCCAUCUGUUCCUGCCGACGACCCUGGUUACGAUCAUUUACAACAGAGAUAUGAAAAGAGACGAGCAGAUGAAAGCGAAUCCUAAGUGGUCGAAAUACACUAAGGCUCUGCGCAAACUCCUGUAUAGGACGGCUGUGCACUACGGCGUGCCCUUCCUCAGCUACGACAGAGCCAUGCAAGAUUUCGCAAGGACGGAAACUUCUGCAGUCGAGAUUAUGUGGCCAACCAUUAAUUUCAACGAGCGGCACCAUCCUUCGUGGUCCACGCACGCGCUGUUCGCGGACAUGCUGGUGAGCUGGUGCAACAACCAGUUGAACUUGCUAGCCCGCUUGCCAUUGGCAGAUCGAUCGAGACUGGCGAAAUCCCAAACAUCCCCAGAGCUGCGUGCAGCUCCCUCCUUGGAGAUGGAUGAUGCUUGGAUUCCCCCCUUACGGCCCGGGCUCCCUCUGGCAAGUCUCGAGAUUUGCAUCGUGCCGCUAACUGCCCACCUAGCCCGGGCCCCUGGUCCGGGAAGCCCAAACAUGAGUCUUUACAAAGAAUGGAGCCUCUAUGAAGAUCGCCCCGCAAAGCCAGGAUGGAUUACAAAAGUCGUGACUGGUGAGAACUUGACCUUCAAUGUGAAUUUCAGCUCAAGUCCGAGAUUGGUGGUGCAGUAUCUUCGCAGCUACGAGAACAUCGGCACGGCCGAGAUGAGCAUUGACAGCUUUUGGGCGUGGACUUCCUCUCAGUUUCCCAACAUCCGUACUGAAACAAGGCGCUUCCCAUUACGCGCCUGGUGGGAGCACCGCAUGUCGGUAACCGAGAGUUUGCUGUUCAAGCCUUUUGCGGAAGGUCUCGCGCACGCGGGCAGCCGGAGUGCCUCCGUCUCGUUCCGCUUGGUAGAAGGCUCGAAGUUUAAGGUAAUCGCGGUCAUUUCCUGCUAG